UCAGAUGAUCGCACAGUCUGAGCUGAGAACGCGUAGCGCCAAGUCGUCGUAGUUGUCGCCGUCUUCGUCGUUUAUUAAUAAUUGAUAAUAGCCGUGCAUCUAGUAUAGGGAGCCAGAGCACAAGCGAGAGCACAAGCCACAGCCACAGCCACAGCCAGAGCACAGUAUUUGUUUAUAUUUCCACACAUUCGUAUAAAUAAUUAUGAAAUCAGAGGCAUUGCACAAGCUGCUGCUGGCAUUCUGUGCGCUGCUGAUUGCCUGCGCGUGGAGCCAGCCAUUGGCAACGCCCCAGCAGUUGGAGCAGCAGCAACAACAGCCGGAGCCACAGCCACAGACAGAUCGCCAACUCCUGCUCAUCGAGAACAAUGUGAAAGCGGAGGAUGCACAGAACUACCAGAUCACGAUACCGAGGAAGGCCAAGGCGGGGGAACCCUGUCUAACCAUCACCUGGAAGACCAACCCGGAUGGCAGCGGACCAGACUAUCCGCGAAUCUACAUGGCUGACGGCUACUUCAGGAUAGUGCCACCCUCAAUGCCCACAGAGCAACCGCAAUAAACGGAUAGAUUCUG